AUGCAGGUGCACAUCAGGAAGUCACCGCGCGCCGUCAUCCUAUCGUCCUCUGGGGCCGGUGCUGCCCAGCAUGGAGCGCCCCAACAGGACGCGGUAUCGCUGGUCAUAUCGAUGGCCUCAGCAGGGACUAGCGCGCCUACAGGCUCCACUAGGGCCGUCAUCGAACUCUUGCCCACCUCCAAUCUGGGGCUGUCCGACUUGAGGAGGGUCACGCCGGCGGGCAGACCUGCUCACGGCUGUUUGGGACUUAUGAAUGUAGGGCCGGAUGUUUUUGCCGUCAUCGUAGUCAGAUCCAUCAAAGUAGGAUCUGUCAGACCUGGGGAGGAGGUCUCCAGGAUCAGUGCCGUAUCUUUCGUCUGCAUCAAUAGAGCCAGCUGGGAUGACAUCUUGGAUCCUUCAAUGAGUGAGAGUGGGUCCUUCGAUCCAUACGCCGGCGAGUCAAGCUACACAACAACCAAUACAAGCACAGUAGCAAUAAGGGAGGAACAUCCCUGCACAUCUCUCAGAAAGCUGCUGAGCACCGGCAGCUUCUACUACGCCGAGAAGAAUGCCUUCGACCUCUCCAGACGUUUGGACCGACGUUGUCGCCUACGGAAAGCAGCGAAUUCUGAGGGCGGAAAGCGUCCCUUCAAGUUUCCCUCGGCAGACAGACAGCGCAACAAGCAAGCCAGCAGCUUGACCAAAUUCGAUGCCAGAUUUGUGUGGAACACCUAUAUGGCCGAGCCACUGCUGCAUUUCCGCGCUGGCCUCGAUCCUGGGGAGCAAGGCAGGCUGGAUCGUGCUGGCUUUCUGGUGAGUGCUUUUUGGUGGAAACUGUUCAUACCGCGCGAGUAGUAGCCGACGUGGGAUCGUACAAUGCCGCAUAACCUUGCCAGCUUCUUGUCAUACAAGGCUUCGUGGCGACCUUCGAAUGGCCUGCAUCUGGAACACAGUCACACAAGCCCUACGCUUCCACAAUGCCAGGUCCCGGCCCUAGCUCUUCGAUCGACGCGUUCGGUCCUAAUGCUAUAGGAUCUGUAGCAGCUUCUUCUUCUCAGAGCGGCACCACUCUAGCGCUCAUAAGUCGACUGAGCUCGAAAAGGGCUGGCACUCGAUUCAAUACACGAGGCAUCGAUGACGAUGGCAACGUGGCCAACUUUGUCGAAUCCGAGACACUCUUCACGCACGAGUCUGUCACUAUGAGCUACACGCAAGUGAGAGGAUCGCCGCCGAUGUUCUGGGAGCAACAAGGGCUGCAGACCUUCAACGCGAGGAUACAGAUCACCAGGCCUAGACUAGCCUCUCAGCCUGCUUUCGAUCGGCAUUUUGUCGAUCUGCUGUCCCAAUACAAAGCAGUGCACGCGAUCAACCUGCUCGGUACGCGCGAUGCAGAGACGAUACUCAGCGGAGCAUACGGCGAACAUAUGAGGCACACUUUAGCCCAUACCUUGGCUGAAUCCAUGCGCUCGGCUAGGCAUGGAGAAAGCGCCCAUCAAGUCGACGAGAAAAGCGGCCUCGGUUCCGACAGCGAGAGCUCGGAAGCCGAUUCGCGAGAUGACGACAGCAGUGACCUGGAGAAGCUUGGCCUCACCAAUUUUGACUUCCAUGCCACCAGUAGGCUGCACGGUGGGCUGGACGGCGUCAGGUCAGAGCUCAAGUACCUUGGGCCCGUUCAGCUGAAGAAGCAAGCUUUUGGGUUCACCGUGGUAGUCGAGGGAGGAGAGCAAGAAGGGGUGUAUCGCCAGCAGGCUGGGCUCUUCCGCGUGAAUUGUCUCGACUGGUGAGUCAUUUCUUGCCAAAUGCGUGCAAUUCGCUGAGAUCCGUGCUUGAGAACAGCUGACAUUAGAUUGUGCGACACAGUCUUGACAGGACAAACGUCGUUCAAGACAUGCUAUCGCAAUCAGCGCUGGAGACUUUCUUCGAGAGGGCUAGCAAGCACAGUGCCGCUUUCGAGCCCUUCGUGCCCUCUGGCCAUCCGAUUUGGUCUACGCAUCGUAUCAUGUGGGCGGAGAACGGCGAUGGUAGGUCAAGAUGAUCUUACCUUCCCGGCGCAACCGAGACUGACCAAGUAUGCUUCCCGCACGCAGCUCUCAGCAAGAUCUAUGCUGGUACUGGAGCAUUGAACACGAGCUACACGCGUGCAGGCAGCGGCAAGAAGACGCUUGGAGGCUUUCUUAGCGAUGCAGCAAAGAGCGCUGGACGCAUGUACAUCAACAACUUCCAAGACAAAUCCAAGCAGAGCGUUAUAGAUGCGCUUCUGGGCAAUCUCGCGAACCAAAAGCCCGUCAGCGUGUACGAUCCCCUUAAUGACUCGGUCAGCGCCGAGUUACAGGACCGUCUCGACGAGUACUCGAGCACGCGCGAGCUCGACAUCUUUGUUGGCACGUGGAACCUGGCGGGCCGCGCUCCGAUGGGCGAGUCCCUUCUACCAUGGCUGUUCCCGCAGGGCCCAGGAGAGGCCAGCAAAGAAGCAGACAUUAUCGCUCUUGGAUUUCAAGAAGUGGUACCCCUCACUCCCCAGCAGAUUUUGAUGACAGACCCUGACAAAAUCCGAGUAUGGGAAAGCGUACUGGUGGACGCGCUGCAUAAGAGACCGAACAAAAGGGGGGAUUACAUCCUGCUGAGAAGUGAGCAACUUGUAGGAUCUGCGCUGGUCAUCUUCGUGAAGGACACAUUGGUGGACAGCGUUCGGCAAGUUGAGGCUGCUUCCCGCAAGACCGGGCUCAAAGGCAUGAGCGGAAACAAAGGCGGAGUAGCUAUCAGGCUUAAUCUUUGGGACACAAGCCUAUGCUUCAUCACUGCCCAUCUCGCCGCUGGCUCUUCAAAUGUAGAGGAACGCAAUGCCGAUUAUCACACCAUCUUGAGAGGGCUUGCAUUCCAGAAAGGACGCAGCGUUGCAAGUCACGAUCACGUCUUCUGGGCUGGAGACUUCAACUAUAGAAUAGAUCUACCGAAUGAAACCGCCAGGCCUCUUUGCGCGCAGCAAGAAUUUGCACAGCUUUACGCUCGAGAUCAACUGGAUCGGGCGCGAGCGUCGGGAUCGGCAUUUGGGGGCUACGAAGAAGGCGAGGUGCGCUUCUUGCCAACGUACAAGUACGACUUUGGGUCUACAUUGUAUGACACUUCGGAGAAGCAGCGUGUGCCGGCUUGGACAGACCGUAUUUUGUUUCGGGCGGCAAGACCUGGCAGCUUGACACAAACUUUGUACAGCAGAGCAGAGCUCAAGACUUCUGAUCAUAGACCUGUCUACGCUAGUUUCAAGGCGGAAGCCAGGGUCUUCGACCACGAUCGCAGGAAUGCCAUUCGUCGGAACUUGCUUGCGGCGGGCAAAAGCGCUCAAGCGCGCAGCGGAGGUUUGGCGCAUCAGUUGCCACACCCAGGCUCGUCUUCAGAAGAAGAUAGCGGUGACCAACUUGACUGUGAGUAGGUGCUAGCUGACAGUCGGAUCUGGACAGCUGACGGACUGGUGCCCGCGCAAAAUUCGCAUUACUCCAGUGCCCCCUCCUUCCGACGAGCACUCCAAUUGGUGGGAUACCGGUAAGUCCACCUGAGUGCGCCAACGCCAGUCCAUUUCCUGAACAUAUUAGCUCACGCACCCGCUUGACGAUGACAAUUAUGUGGGAGUAGCAUCGAGCGAGGAUGAAUUAGACCCCUCGAGCGAUGACUCGAGUGCUGGUAGCGCGCAUGGCAAUCCUUUCGUCAACGCAGAUCGUGAGAAGCCUCAGCGGCAACAGCCCUCACAAGGCCUCGCGACACCAUACAGACGGCCACCACCUCAACCUCCCAAAAGAGGUGACACAAUUCGGGCCAAGUCAAAUUCCACUUCUAGCCGCUCCGUCCCUGCUCCAAGUCCAGAUAGGCGACGGGAUUUUGAUGCGACAUUGUUGCCAAAGGCUACCUCCGUAGCAGCUCGAGCCAAGAUGUUCGAAGGCUCUGCUCCCUUCGAGCCUCAGUGGGACGCCGAUGGCGUUAUAGAAGCUGAUGAUCAGCAAUCUGCAGCGCAUCAAAUCGCUGCUGCAAAGCCUGGGCCGCCUCCCAUUCCGAUCAGACCCGGCAUGGGAUCUAGAACAGCCAGCUACAGCUCUGUUCGGAGUGGCAAAAGUCUCAUGGAUAGCGAUAGCGAUCAGGAAUCUGCUAGUCAUGCGUUAGGAGACGUUCUCAAGCCGGGACAAUGA